CGGAAGAAUUCAUGAAACGAUUGAAGACAAAUGCAAAGUUAAAACCACAACUCGAACCUAAAUAAUGUUGUGUAGUGCUGUUAUUGUGUAAAAACGAAGUACAUAUUAUCAAAGUAGAUUUGUUUAAAUGCAUUGUAAUAAAAAUGAAUUCCUUCAUAUAUUUUUCAUAAAGUUGGUGAAAAUUCAGUGUCUAUGCCAAGGACGAGAGAAUAAUUUUUUAUUUGUAUAAAAGUGAAGACUGAGUUGUGUUCUGUUUAGUAAAUAUUAAAACAGUAAAACAUGACUACUUCGUCCGAGGACGUUUUACUUAGUGUAAAUCAUGUGAGGUACAAAAAAGGUGAUGGGACUCUAUACGUGAUGAAUCAAAGACUGGCCUGGAUGCUGGAGAAUCGAGACACUGUGGCUGUCUCACACAAAUAUGCAGAUAUUAAAACUCAAAAGAUAUCUCCCGCGGGCAAACCGAAAGUGCAAUUACAAGUAGUGCUCCACGAUGGCACGUGUUCGACGUUUCACUUCGUCAACCCGGCGGGGGCGGACGCGCAGGCGAAAGAUCGGGAUCAGGUGAAAAUGUUGCUGCAGAACUUGUUGCCAAAGUUCAAACGGCAGAUCGACGGGGAGUUGGAAAUGAAAUCUAGAUUAUUAUCAUUGCAUCCUAUUCUAAAGCAUUUAUAUGAAGACUUAGUUAUAUCAAAAGUAAUUAAUAGUGAAGAGUACUGGAAUACACCGACUCUUAAACAUUACACGGAAUCUACUAAUAUUAAACAAGAGGCUGGUGUUUCCGGAGCAUUCUUAGCAGACAUUCAACCGCAGACUGACGGCUACAACGGACUGAAAUAUAAUCUAACUCAAGAUAUAAUAGACGCAAUAUUCAAAACAUAUCCUGCAGUGAGAAAGAAACACAUAGACUAUGUGCCGAAUAAAAUGACAGAAGCCGAGUUUUGGACCAAGUUUUUCCAGUCACAUUAUUUUCAUAGGGAUCGCAUAGCAUCAUCGUCAAGUAAAGAUCUAUUUGGUGAAUGUGCAAAAAUGGACGAUCAAGCGAUUGCAUCUGCUAUGAAACACACUACAUUGGACCUAACGGUCGACUUACCUCAAUUCACGGAAUCAAUACCGCUACUACCUGAAGACGAUACGGUCGAAAAAGAGAAGGACAGUAAUUCAAUACACCGCAGUAUGAUAAAGAGAUUUAACCAACACUCAAUAAUGGUGCUAAAAGCUAGUCAAAAGGCAAACAAUAGUAGUAAUUCAAGUAAUAAAUCAACGAAUAACAACAAAGUAUUGGAAAACGGUGUAAAAGAGACAAACGGAGUGGACAAGAGACAUGCCGAUGAAUCUGAACCAGUUGAUAAAAAGAGAAGGAUAUUAGAAAAGAUACAUUACGAAGAUCUGGAUGAUACGGGCGAUAGUAAUAGUGCGCAAGAGUUGAAAUUGACUAAGGUAGAAAGAUAUUUAUUAGGUCCGUCAUCACAAAUCAGCCACUCUACUUCGAAUACGAACAACCCACCGCCAUUGUCAGCCUUAUCUUCUAUAUGUCAGGCGUGGAGCAACGGGCAGCAGUGCGCGCGGCCGGUGCGGCUCGGCGCCGCGGCCGCGGUCGGCGCGCUCGGCGAGCUCAGCCCGGGCGGCGCGCUCAUGCGGCACCACCACGCGGCCUGCAUGGCGCAACUGAUCCCCGCGGAUGUUAAAUCUGAGCUGAGCCGCAUUUACCUAUCUGGCGGCGAGCUGCUGCGUGAGCUGUGGCGCAGCUUCCCGCAGCCGGGCGGGGCUGUGGGGGGGGACGCUGAGUGCGCGGCUAAAGCGGAGAAGUUCUAUGAGGCGCUGUUGCGGUUUAGGAACGUUAAGUUACGGCCGUUUGAGGAAAAAAUGCUCCGCGACUUGACGCCACUAGCGACAUCUCUCACCCGACAUAUGAAUCAAAUGAUCGACGCUGCGUGUUCCAAAUACGCGCUGUGGCAACAGAGACAAGCCAAACUUAGAUAGUAUUCGCACAAUUAAAGAACAGUUUUUUUAUUUUAUAAAUCGUUAACAAUAUUGACGUAUAAUAAACAACUAGACUCACAAAAAUUACGCAAAAAAUUGUCCGAGACAAAACUCUGCCUAUGAGUGUAUUAGGCAGAGUUUUUUAAUUGAGUUUAUACAAUAGACUUUGAACACUACUGCCACGAAAUAAGGUGUUAAUUUCAAUGAAUGUGUCAUCUAGUUGUUUAUAGUGUGUCGAUGUUAUCUAUCAGUUCUAGCGAAGACUGCGUCCUUAUUCCGUUGCAUUAAGGACAAUUUUUGUAUAGCAAAACUGUUUACCGAUUAUUACCGAAUUAUUCUAUAACAAGGAGCUUUGGGCUCAUUCUAUGUUAAUGUAAAGCAAAAAUGUAUAUGAUUUAACAUUCAAAAUUAAAAAAGAAAAUGCUUAAAAUUAUUGUUGAAACAUAGAAACCAUUCAAUUUUAUUUGCAUUCGAACAUUAAUAUCCCGUUUCUAUAAUAUUAUUUUCCUUGAAAAUGUCAAAAAAAUAAUUUUCCUCAAGUAAUGAUAUUUAUACAGCUCCAUGUAAGAAGUUUAUGAGUAAAUAAAGAGUGAAUCAUCUCAA